GCGGGGCCGGGCUCUGUCUACGCAUUGGUUGAACGAAGACCUCUGGUGUUUUUUUGGCUUAUAUUUUUAGCAGCGGAGGUCGGACUCGUAUUGCAUCGCGCGUGGUUCAUCUGCAGUGCUGCUGCGCGCUGGAGAACCGCAGUGUGUUGCGCGGUGAACGCUCGAGCUCCGCAUACGUGCCCGCUGCAAUAGCGAAUGAUCUCAAGAAAACACGCAGUUCUGUCUGUUCGCGGAGCGCUGGAUAUCUCAUCUAGGCUUUCUUGUUCUUUUUUUGGAAAUGGCCAGUCCCGGAGACGAUUCGGCUUCAAGUGCCCAGCUGGAUCAAGCUGAAUCUGCUGACGCUACGCCAGAACAAGCGUUUCGAGAGGCUCAAAAAUGGAUCGAGGCAGCGACAGGAAGAAGUUUUGGCGAUAAGGAUUUCAGAAGCGGCCUUGAGAACGGCAUUCUGCUCUGCGAGUUGCUGAGUUCAAUCAAACCAGGCCUUGUGAAAAAGAUCAACAGACUUCCAGCACCCAUAGCAGGACUGGAUAAUCUGACCAUGUUUCUGAGAGGAUGCGAAGAGCUGGGAUUGAAGGGAUCACAGCUGUUCGAUCCUGGAGACCUGCAGGAUACUUCGAUACGAGCGAACUUAACGGGCUCUGACUGUAAUAGAAAGCUGAAGAAUGUGCUCAUAACCAUAUACUGGCUUGGUAAAGCUGCUAACAGCUGUGCAAUGUAUAACGGCCCCACUCUCGACCUGAAAGAGUUUGAGGGGCUUCUUUCCAUGAUGCGAAAGGAGUGUGUAAAUGAAGAGUUAGAGUCCCCCAAGCGCAGUAUAAGGGACAGCGGUUACAUCGACAGCUGCGAAUCGGAGCGUUCUGAUUCGCUGUCGCCUCCGAGGCACGGUCGUGAAGAUUCGUUUGACAGUCUCGACGAAUCGUUUGGCUCACGAUCACAGAACACACCCUCACCAGACACAGUCAUUCGCUGCAACAGUGAUGACUCUGAAGGUGAUGCUGGUCAAAGGAAGUUGCCAGAUGUGCGCAAGGAUGACAUGUCUGCCCGUCGCGUGUCCUUCAAAGAGCCUCGCGCAGCUCUACCCUUUAAUCAGUAUCUGCCGAACAAAAGCAACCAAACCAACUACAUUCCUGCCCCCCUGAGGAAGAGGAGGAGUGAGAGAGAGGAAGACUGGAGGAGCCUGAGCAACUCAACAUCUCCUGUAGGAGGAGAAAGACCUCUCAGACAAGAGCGUGUAGAAGUAUUAAAAGAGGGGGCCGUCGAAUCUCGCAGCCUUGCGCUCCAGAAAAAUUUCACCUGGGCGGAUGAGAAAGGGGUAGAGCUUGAGGAGGCAGAGCUUAAGAAAAUGAGGAAGCUGGAAAAGGCGGGAAUUAAAGUAUUACCUGCCUCUGUGCGAUACAAAAGUCCAUUUGUGAAUCCUGUGGAGGCCAGUAAAGCCAAACCACCCUCACCGGACAUCAUUCUCCGACGUGACAAUGAGUUCAUGCGGGCCGCCGCUCCACAUCAGUGGGACUCAAAUGAGGAAGAUGAGGAUGAAGAAGCAGAACGGAAGGUUCCAGAUGUCCAAAAAGAUGAUCUUGCUUCUCGCAGAGCACGCAUGAAUCAAUUUAAACCCAGUGUGGCGCAUCACUUCCUGCCAGGCUCUUGUAGCGGGAAGGACCGAGAAAAAUGGGAGGGAAUCAGGCUGGCAUCCCAACAUGCUGUGUUGGAGAGGAUGGAGAAGAUGGCACAGGAGAAAAGAAGUCAGGCUGACUCCGCCUCCCCUGAGGUGUCAAUCAUAACUCGUAAGGACAACCCUUUCCUGAAUCCUGAAAAAGACAGAGGAAAAGAGAGGGAUGAGGAAGAUAAGAAAGAGGUAGAGGGGAGGAUAGUUGUCCCAAACCCACACAAAGAUGAUCUAGCAAGAAGGCGGACUGGGGGAGGGCCACGCCCUCCCAAAGAUGCUCAUCAGUCAUUGGUCCAGACUUCCAUCACUCAGUCAGACCUGGAGACAUGGCAGAGACUCAAGAUUAAUACAGAUAGCAGUGAGUCUGACUCCACCGGUGCUGAAGUGUCAAUCAUAACCCGCAAGGACAACCCCUUCCUGACCUCUGAGAAAGACAGUGAGUGUAAGCAGGAGAAUGAGGAGGGAACAGACAGAGAGAAAGGGGCGAGGGUGGUGAUGCCUGAUGUAAAGACAGACGACCUGGCCAGAAGGCGGGGCAAAAAUGGGCCUGUCCCACAGAGGGACCCCUGUCAGUCAUUGGCUCAAACUACCAUCAAUCAGUCGGACCUGGAGAAAUGGCAGAAGCUCAAGAUGAAUACAGAGAGCAGCGAUGACCCUAUUGUCCCUCUGUGUCAGACGUGUCUUGAGAAAGGCUGCCACUCUGUUGCCUCCAAGACGAAGGUUGCCAAGAAUGACCUGGCCAGUUGCCAAGAACGUUCCUCCGGUGAACGGAGGCGUUUUGUGACUUUUGGGGGUGUGACAGAGAUGGAAAGUACUUCCUGGAAAGAGGAAGAGGAUGAGGAAGGGGAAGAGGGACAGGGGGAUGAGGCAGGGAAGCUUCGAUAUCUCCUCUCGAUGGCACCUGUUGCUGUGCCCACCAUAGGGCUGGGCUCCAGGCUGACAAAGAGAGCAGCUGGCAGUGGAGAUGCAAACCCUGAGCCUGCUCCAAUCAUGCCCCCUGAACCUCCGAACCCUUUCAUGUUUGACCUUAAACGGCCUUUGACCUCCACCGAGCACAGGGUGCUGGAAGAGGAACUGGCUGAGAAAGUGAAGGGUGAGAGGGAGGAUGAUGAAGAGGAUGAAGAAGAAGAGAGGCAACCGGAUGUAGAAAAGGAUGACAUGCUAGCUCGUAGAACAGGAGCGUUUCAGAAGCCAGCUAAUGGGACUUCACAUAACCGAUUCCUCCCGCAGCCGGGUUCAAAGAGAGACGGUGCUACAGUGGCUUCCUUAGCCCAGAAAGGAAGUAUUCAGAUGGGCACGAGUGGAGACAGAGACUUCCAAUACCUGGAAAGAAACAUUAAGACAAAGAGAACCAAGAUUGGACAGAGAAAUGAACCAGUCGACCAAGUACCAAAGACACCCGUUCCAGUUGCUGUAGUACCAGAAAAGUGCCCUGACAUCGUACGUUUGUCUGCAACUAACACCAAUCGCCCUGGCAUUUACACAGAUGAUGAGGAAUGUGGGGAUUUUCAGAAGGAUGAAAUGCUUGCUCAAAGGACUGGAUCUUACCAAAAGUCAAGUGCAGGACAGGAUUUGAAUGCCUUUUUGCCCAAACCUGUUGCUGUCAAACAUAAAAUCACCCCUGUCGGUGGAUCACAGUCACACGUCAAGCCUAGAGAGCAAGAGACAGCCCCAUCUUUGGACAGCUUCGCCCUUAGCUCUGUGGCCCCGCCCCCAAGAGAUGCUGAGGACACGCCUAGGAAGUGCCCUCAGAUGAUGGACAGGCAGGAGGCGGGCUCUGUGGGUGUGGUGGGACAUGAAAGUCUUAUUAAAGAUGAGCCUAUUACCAAAAGCCCCUCCCCCAAACCUCACCAACCCUCACGUCGCCCCCUUUGGCAGGAAGAUGAUGAUCUCCCCCCAAUAUUCAGAGCUACUAGUGUUUCUGAAACGGAGAGUGUGAGCUUGAUUGACAUGCGUGAUGAAGAGGAUGAGCUGGCCUACCUUCAGCCGCACAGCCAAUCACGACAUGAGCACCUACACAACCAGUACAACAAACUCCGAGAGGAGGAGGACCAGUGGCAGGACGACUUGGCUCGCUGGAAGAAUCGGAGGCGAAGUGCAUCUCAAGAUUUGAUCAAGAAGGAAGAAGAGAGGAAGAUGAUGGAGAAGCUAAUGUCAACAGAUGGAGGACCCGGCCAUCGCCGGAAGAGCAUCAAGACAUACAGAGAAAUCGUUGAGGAGAAAGAACGUAGGGAACAGGAGCUACAUGAACAAUACUGUAAGGCCUCCACUCCAGAAGAAAAGGCAGCUGUGCUUCAACGCUAUGCUCUCCGUUUCACCAUCAGUGAUGCCAUACUGGAGAAACUCCAGCUCCCCAAGCUGCCUUCUGCGGCUUCACCGAUGCACACCUCACCUCUCCAUCAGCCCGAGAAGAAGCUGACUUGCACCGCCUUAGCAGAAGCAGAGGAUGUAGAGCCUGAACUAACUACCCAAACACACCACAGUGUCCAUGUGGACCAGAAGACUGCAGAAAAACAGGCACAGGCACAGCCCGAAACCCCCGAGCCAUCAUCUGAUGAGACCACAAACGCUCCAAAAGUCCUGUCAGUGCCUACACCAGUUCCUCCUGUCCCCUCAAAGCCUGUUCCCCUGAUCACCCCAAAACCCUACAGCCAGCCCAAAUUCAGCCAAGGCCUCCGCAAAUCAAUAAAGAGCGAUGGGCUGAUACGUGUGAACGGUGACGGGACUCUGCAAGAGAGCAGAGAGAGGGACGAUAAAGAUUCUGUGUCAUGUCCUCAAGUCGACUUAUCUUCCUCACCUCCAAAUCCAGUUACUCAAAGUCAACUUAAUGAGGAGCUUAUUGCUUUAGAAGCCUCAGACCUCCAGCAAAGCUCACAGACGUCCGUUUCUGACCAGGAGAAAGAAGCCGCAAAGAAGGAAAAAGAGUGUUCUCUUAGUCCUGAGGAAGAGAAACGCAAAGACAUCUCAACUACACCGUCGCUGUCAGAACCAGAAGGAAAGCAGCCAGGGCCUGACACAGUGAUGAAGCUCAACUGUGUGGUCACAACAACCAUAGUGACAGAACUCACUCAGACACAGACCGUCCCAGCAAAUGACACGUCCAGCACAGAGCAGCUUGAUUCAGACUGUAACUCAUGUGACCUGAGCUCAGCUGCCGAGUCCACCACGGCUGAGCAGACUUCACACUCUCUCUCACUGACAGAGUCCUCACAUUCCUCUAAUAGCUCUAGGUUACGCUGGGAGUUCUUCGCUCCGACAGAGGGGACUGACUACUCCAUGGACUGUAUUGAAACCCCAAUGUUGAACCUUGCAAAAAGGGUUGACCACUGGACGUGGGAUCCUAAUGAAGAGCGUAGACGGCAGGAGAAGUGGCAACAGGAGCAGGAACGCCUGCUGCAGGAGAAAUAUCAGCGAGAGCAGGAGAAGCUGAAGGAGGAGUGGGAGAGAGCGCAGAGAGAAGUGGAAGAGGAGGAGAGGAGACACCAUGAAGAGGAAAGACAGAUACUGGAGGAAACCGUGACCCCACUGACCCCUCACACAUCAGGUUUAUCAUCCAAUAUGGUGACAGAAGCUCCGCCCCCCACCCAGCCCUCGGCCCCAUGUGACACCAUUGUCCUCUCCUUGGCUGACUGGGAAAGGAAACAGGAAGUGCUGGAGAAGCAGGCGGACCAGAGUAACAGACACAGCCCUGAUCAAGUAAACACAGCAGCUCAGCAGAACGGUCAGAGAACCGAGCCUCAGGAGAGCCAAACAGCUACACCACAACUGCAGUUUAUACAGGAUGGCUCUUGGAGCCAUAAGACUAAAGAAAGGCAAGAGGAUUUGAAGAAAACUGCUUCACUGGAUCGUAAACAGAGUCCACCCCAGAGCCAGACCACAAAGAUGAGGAGUGGAGAUGCAAACCCUGAGCCUGCUCCAAUCAUGCCCCCUGAACCUCCGAACCCUUUCAUGUUUGACCUUAAACGGCCUUUGACCUCCACCGAGCACAGGGUGCUGGAAGAGGAACUGGCUGAGAAAGUGAAGGGUGAGAGGGAGGAUGAUGAAGAGGAUGAAGAAGAAGAGAGGCAACCGGAUGUAGAAAAGGAUGACAUGCUAGCUCGUAGAACAGGAGCGUUUCAGAAGCCAGCUAAUGGGACUUUACAUAACCGAUUCCUCCCGCAGCCGGGUUCAAAGAGAGACGGUGCUACAGUGGCUUCCUUAGCCCAGAAAGGAAGUAUUCAGAUGGGCACGAGUGGAGACAGAGACUUCCAAUACCUGGAAAGAAACAUUAAGACAAAGAGAACCAAGAUUGGACAGAGAAAUGAACCAGUCGACCAAGUACGAAAGACACCCGUUCCAGUUGCUGUAGUACCAGAAAAGUGCCCUGACAUCGUACGUUUGUCUGCAACUAACACCAAUCGCCCUGGCAUUUACACUGAUGAUGAGGAAUGUGGGGAUUUUCAGAAGGAUGAAAUGCUUGCUCAAAGGACUGGAUCUUACCAAAAGUCAAGUGCAGGACAGGAUUUGAAUGCCUUUUUGCCCAAACCUGUUGCUGUCAAACAUAAAAUCACCCCUGUCUGUGGAUCGCAGUCACACGUCAAGCCUAGAGAGCAAGAGACAGCCCCAUCUCUGGACAGCUUCGCCCUUAGCUCUGUGGCCCCGCCCCCAAGAGAUGCUGAGGACACGCCUAGGAAGUGCCCUCAGAUGAUGGACAGGCAGGAGGCGGGCUCUGUGGGUGUGGUGGGACAUGAAAGUCUUAUUAAAGAUGAUCCUAUUACCAAAAGCCCCUCCCCCAAACCUCACCAACCCUCACGUCGCCCCCUUUGGCAGGAAGAUGAUGAUCUCCCCCCAAUAUUCAGAGCUACUAGUGUUUCUGAAACGGAGAGUGUGAGCUUGAUUGACAUGCGUGAUGAAGAGGAUGAGCUGGCCUACCUUCAGCCGCACAGCCAAUCACGACAUGAGCACCUACACAACCAGUACAACAAACUCCGAGAGGAGGAGGACCAGUGGCAGGACGACUUGGCUCGCUGGAAGAAUCGGAGGCGAAGUGCAUCUCAAGAUUUGAUCAAGAAGGAAGAAGAGAGGAAGAUGAUGGAGAAGCUAAUGUCAACAGAUGGAGGACCCGGCCAUCGCCGGAAGAGCAUCAAGACAUACAGAGAAAUCGUUGAGGAGAAGUGAGACACAAAUUGAACUCUACACCCUCCAGAUUUUGGAGGGUUCUAGUGAAU